CCUUGAACAUGCCACCUGCACUAAGUUUCUUUUCCACCUGUCAUCUAAAUCUUCAAUCUAAUUCGUCAGUUUGUUCUGAGCUUAAUGUUUUACUUAAAAUGCAGAACUGAGUGAACGAAGAAAUUACUUUUCCGCGAUCAUGCUCAAAUCCGUCACUAAAAAGUUGAAACCGUUCAUUGAAGCAAAACUUAAUGAGGAAUAUGUGUCUAUAGCGAACGAUGCGAAUUUGUACUGUUUGGACUACAUUGAAGAGCGACUGAAACGCUCCAAUAUCGAUUCAAAUCUUGAAUUUAUCCGACCCAAAGCUGUGUCUGAGAGCACUCUAUCAAUUUCUUUAAAAAUAAUCGAAGUCGGCGAGCUUCUGGAAACAUCUUAUCCCCAUCUUUAUAACAAUGUUUCAAAACAGCUCAAGGUAAAAUUACGGAGCGAGGUAAUAGUCGGCGAUAUUUUCAGAAACUUUGGACGCGAGCUGUUUCGGGAAGGUGUCACUUGGGGACGAAUUGUAGCCCUAUUCGCGUUUGCAGCUGCUAUCAGUGCCGACUGCAUAACACAGGGACGACCAGAACUCGUGAAAAAUGUACUUAGUUGCGUCAGGCUCUAUGUUUUGGAUCACUUGGCGGUUUGGAUAAGGAGCCAAGGCGGAUGGGUGAGCAAUAUAUUGUUGAUAUCUCUGUAUAAUCAGUGUUCGUGAUGAAGAUAACCAAUUAACAUAGACGUUUUUAAUCUUAGUUACACACUUGUUUUCUACACCAAAAAAGAAAGUUUUAGUACGGCCAUUGCCGAAUCAAAAAUAAAACGAAUGAUGAACUACAAAAAAAUAUUUUAGUGAAAACAACUUGAUGCACAUUAUGUAAAGACAAAAAGGCAUUUUGAAUAGCUGAAAGCGAGGAUGACUUAAUUAAUGCGAUUUUUAAGAUACAUUUAUUUUUUUCAAUUUUUCGGUAUAAUAAUUUCUGGGAAAAUUUCCAGAUAUUCUCUGACAAAGUUCAAUCAUCGCGCCAGAAAAAUAGAGAGUCUAUAAAUCGAUUGCUCUCUUACCUAUCUGAAAAUUAACCAUUUAUUUAGGUUACUCUCAUUUAAUGAAAAAGCUAAAUAUUCAAAUACGAGCUGAGAAAAUUAACUUUAAAUAUUCAAACCAAUCCGGGAACUGAUAUCAAAGGUGGAAAAAUUGAUAAUUGUAUUCUGAGACAGCAAAACGUCGUUGAAAACAAUAGAGGCAGUCGAUACGGUAAUCGUGUAGCCGGAAGAAUACAGCUCUGACAUAUUUGCAUAAAUCAUCAUAUUUCGACUGGAAUGAUUUUCAGCAAAGAUCACUUUUGAUGUUUCGUUGGUUUUACGCUUAAAUUCUAACAUUAGCAUGCAUAUUCUCCAUACUGCUCUAUGUAAACUUCUAAAGUGCUGACAAGGAGAAUUUGUCGAAUAAUCAAAAACUUUUUGAGUUGAUGAUCAUUUACUUUAUUCUCAUGACUUAAAUGUGUGAUUCAGUGGUGAUAUAUAGAAAGGAGAAACUAGAUGCUAGUCACUCUUUGGGGUUAAGGGGUUAAAGAAAAGAAAAGUGCCCUGAUUUUGUCAGUCAUAACCUCUUGCGUUCGCUCAUAUGCAAUGAAAGACGAAUUGGAAAAAAAUUAUACUCUCACGUAAUAAAAAUAGUAUUUAGAUCUUAGCAUUAUUUCUCUUCCGGCCAAAGCCCAAGCAAAGAACUCCGAAAUAAAUCAACCUUAUGAUCUGCGAAAAAUUUCAGUCUUACUCUGACAUUUAAUAAGUGAUGCUCUUUCCUUUUUUGGACAGGUUGAUAUCAGUGAAACAUUUAAAUGCAUUGAAAAGAGAUAUUCAAUGGCGUAUUUCCUUCGAUGGUUUGACUACAACAGAUUGUGGCUGGUAAAUACGACGAAGGAAAGACUUCACUCGUUUCUGUGCGCAACAGUAGAGUGCAUUGGUCUCAUUGACGGAGGCUAAAUAUCCCGCGCUCGUAUAAUGAUACCAAAUAAAAACAACAUUUAUCCCUUUUAUAGGGAUAUGUGUAUCAUAUAACUUAAAAAUUAAAUGUUAAUCAAUCCCCAAUAAGCUAGUGUUUGUUGACAAUCUAGCAAUACACUGGUUUAUUUAUAUACGCCUAUGAACUUGACUGCGAAAAUUAAAAGAGAGACCGGGAUCUGAGGCGAAUUCCGCACAAUGUUCAGUAGUUACCAGUUUCUAUUGGAAACAAAGUCAGGAACUUUAAGUCAAAAAUAGCAAGUUUAUUUCAAUUGAGGCUCC